AUGGUUUUGGAGAGUACUAUGAUAUGUGUGGAUAAUAGUGACUACAUGAGAAAUGGAGACUUCUUGCCAACCAGACUGCAAGCGCAACAAGAUGCCGUAAACCUGGUUUGUCAUUCGAAGACACGUUCAAAUCCAGAGAAUAACGUUGGAUUAUUGACUCUAGCAAAUGUUGAAGUACUUGCGACUUUAACCAGCGAUGUCGGUCGUAUACUUUCCAAGUUGCACCGCGUCCAACCGAAUGGAAACAUCAACAUUUUGACUGGUAUCAGAAUCGCUCAUUUGGCCCUUAAACAUCGCCAAGGUAAGAAUCACAAGAUGCGCAUUGUAGUAUUCGUCGGUUCACCAGUUAGUACAGAUGAGAAAGAGCUCGUGAAGCUGGCCAAAAGACUAAAAAAGGAGAAAGUCAAUUGUGACGUCAUUUCUUUUGGUGAGGAUUCUGAAAAUAAUCCUUUGUUGACCACCUUUGUUAGCACCCUCAAUGGUAAGGAUAAUACCUCUGGUGGUAGUCACCUAGUCUCUGUUCCAGCUGGUGGUUGUGUAGUGUUGUCUGAGGCUUUAAUCUCUAGCCCGAUAAUAGGGGGAGACGGUGCUGGACCAUCUGGUUCUGGGUUGUCACCAUUUGAGUUUGGUGUAGAUCCGAACGAAGACCCAGAAUUGGCUUUAGCUCUUAGAGUAUCAAUGGAAGAACAAAGACAGCGCCAAGAGGAGGAGUCCAGGAGACAACAAGCCUCAUCGGAAGGAGAAUCUGGCAAGACUGGAGAAACUCAGGGUGCUGGUAUGCCAAUGUCUUUAGGCAGAGAAGCUAUGGAGUUAUCUGAGGAAGACCAGAUUGCUCUAGCAAUGCAGAUGAGCAUGCAGCAGGAGGCUCCUCAAGCAGAAGAGAGCAUGGAUGUACCUGAAGAAUAUGCUGAAGUCAUGAAUGAUCCAGCAUUUUUACAGAGUGUCCUCGAGAAUCUACCGGGUGUAGAUCCACAGAGUGAAGCCAUUAGAAAUGCAAUGUCUACCAUAAAGAAAGACAAGGAUGACAAAGACGAAAAGGACCAAAAGGAUAAGGAGGGUAAAGGUUCCAGCUCCAAGGAGAAUAAUUGA